AUGGGCCGACGCGCGAACCCGUUCCCUCGCGACAUCGACGUCGACGCCGCGAUGUACGCCGAUCCCGCGUUCCACGCCGCGGCGCCGGACGCGUACGUGUGCGCGCUCACGCUGCGAGUGAUGAAGAAUCCCGUCGUCGUCGCGAAGACGGGACGGACGUACGAGAAAGCGGCGAUCGAAGCGUGGAUCGCGAUCAAUCACACCGAACCGUGCGAUCGACGGGUGACGCUGGAGGACUUCGCGUCGACGUGCUCGAGCAACACGGGGCUGUACGCGCUCGUCGAACGCUUCGUGGAUGCGGCGAAGCGGUUGAAACCGGGAGCGCUGCUGGACGGCACGGUGGCGGCGCGAAUGAAGGCUGCGGCGCUGAAAACGACGGUGGUGGUGGUGGAACAUAACGUGCACGUGUUUAAAAAGCAACCGUCGAUGCUCAGGCAGUUGUCGAAAACGUUGAGCUUUGGACUCGCGGGGGACGGGAGGGCGCCGGCGCUCGGGACGAUUCCAGACGUGAAACCGAACGGAUCGACGGUCGACCAAGGGCUUUCAAAAGUUGAUGAGGGUGAUGUUGUCGUGUUUCCUGAUGAAGUUCCCGAUCGGAAGUACGUACACGUCACGUCGUUGGAGUAUCCGGACAAAUCCAAGCCGGCGGAUGGGAGAUUCUUUCGCUUCGACAUGGAUGAGCUCACGCGCGUCAUCGGACACGAGUGGGCGAAUAAGGAUCUGAAGGCGUACAAAACAGAAAAUUUUAGCGUCAAAUCGGGGAAAGGCGCGACUUUCUGUGUGUAUCGACAAGAAAAGCGUUCGGCGAUCGUCGUUUUUGGCGGUCCAAACGGCAUGGGCGUGGGCUGUUAUCACCCCGUCGAGAGCGCGCAGCCGGGCGACUGGCUCGUCGGCGAGCCCAUCGAACUCAUCGCGUACCGUGGCUUGCCGAAGGGUGUGCGAUUCAUGGAUCCGAGCAAAUUCGAUUCGAUCAAGUUUGUUGAAGACUACUCCAAAGACGACGACGCCCACUUCAUGACGGGCGGCGUCAACGACGAGCCAAUCGAGCGAAUAUUCCCUGGCCAAAGUGGAAUUUACCCGAAAGAGCAAAAUUACCGAGGAGGCAAGCGUACGAUGUGGCUCAUGUUCGAGAUCAAGCUGAAGCAUCCCACCGGAUCAGACCCCGAGUUGAUCAACGGGCGUCCGUACACUCCAAUCGGCGUCUUCAUCGAUAAUCGAACGCUCCUGCAAGCGGGUGGUUGUUGUCAGACAUACAACUGCCGCGACAACGAGGGCAUUAACAGUCAAGGUGAAGGUCAACCUUCUUUUCGAAGUGGACUGUGCACGGAUGAUAAAAACAAGCAACAUUUCGGAGCUCUCAUGCUGCAUCGCGACAGAAAGUACGAACCUAUCACUCACUUUAAGUUUAAUGUUCGUGUGCCUGACAAAGGCGCCCCCGGGGUGCCGUGCUACAGUGAAAAGUACGGCGGCGGUGUUCACGUCGGCUUACUCGAGGGUGAUCCUGACUUGCUCGGGGUUGGUUGGGGGUCUAACAAGUGGCCAACCAAGGACGAAGGCAACCGCGGCGAAGAGUGCGUUGAUGACGCAUCAAAAUGGGGCGACAAAUCCAUCAGUGGGCCAAACGCGCAGGAGCGUGACGAGUUUUACGUGUACAAUCCUCACAAAAAACCACCGCCCCCGAAAGAGCGGACGUACAAAACGGCGUCGGGUGAGAAGAAAGUCGUAAAGCUGAAGCCCGAUGCGUUUGUGUUCCCUCGACAACGAAGAAAGCUCGUCGAUCCACACCUUGAUGUCGUGAGCAUCGAUUACCCCGGCGGUGUCAUGCCCGGCAAAACAGAGCCAGAGCCUAAAGGGAAGUGGUUUCGCUUCAAGAGCUCGCAGCUCUCUGCCAUCACGGGCAUUGAAGAUUGGGGCGAUGCGAGUUACGAAGGCUGGAAGACGGGCGUCAUAAAAGGCGGCGAUGGCGCCUCAUUCGCGAUCCCCAACGACACGAGCGCGGGCGAACGACGUGGGAGCGUCAUAGUGUUUCAGCACGAGUCGGGCAUCGGCGUCGGUUGCGCGAAUCCUUGCGAUUACGCCCACGAAGGGGAUUGGAAGCCGGGCGAUCGCAUCGAGUUGUUGGCGUAUUCGCAUGACAACCAACCUCCGCCGUACACAUUCACGCUGUCGAUGGACAACUACGUGUGCCAGACGGAAACUGGUUGGAACUUACCCGGGCAUUUAAUUCGGUAUGGUCAAUGCGGUCUUGUCGGUCCGUGGUGGAAAGAACUGGAGAUUGAAUUUCAGAUUGAAGCCGCGAGCGUGGGGACACGAAUUUACGGCGUUCACACGGAUGCGUCGUUCGAAGCUCUUCCGUUCACGGCGAAAGCGCUGCGUUCGGAUGGAAAGUGGCAUAAAAUAGAGCUCAGUACAGAAAACGUUCGCUGGGGACGGGCGUUCAAGUCGAUCAUGGAUGAUGUGUCCGCCGUGCGUGUGCGAUGGGAAUCAACGGACUUGCACAAGCUCGCGAACUCGACGGCGCGCUCUGGCGGCGGUAUUCACGCCAAUAUUCUCGGCACGUCCACCGCCAUCAAUGUUCUCGACAUUCGGCGACACGGUUAUCCGUCCGAUGGCUCGAUUUUCCGUUUCGAUAAAGACGCCGUACGUGCGCUAAACUGUGGGAAGUGCGACGGGUCGAACUGGGCCGGCACUUACGAAGUUUUAAACUUGCGAAACGGCAAGAAGGGCAAAGUGAUGCUCGCGGACAAACCGGAUGAAACCGUUCUAGAAACUUACGUCGCCUCUCACACACAAAAACCUUCGGAACCCGUGCCCGCCGACAAGCCUUCACCAGUUGCGGCGGCAGUGAUGCCGAUGCCGCCGGCGACGACGCAAGCUGUGAUGCCGAUGGCGUCGCACGCUCCCGUGCAGAAAACCCCGUACAGAAACCCGACGGGUUUUCUCUCCUGCUGCCUUUCGGCGCCAAAACGGCUUGAGACGCCGGUGUCCAACGCAGAGUCCGAUGCCACGGCGACGACGAUGAUUGUUUACAAACCCGUCUACACCGAGGAAUCCUCACCGGAGAAACCAAAACCAAUCAAUCCUAAGCAGAUCGUGCAAGAUUCCACCAGUCUUGACGUCUUAGGUCUCGGUUAUUGGGUAGAAGACGUCUCCACGCCAGCUCCAUCUCCCGGCGACUGGCAAAUCGGUGAUAUCAUUAUGAUUUCUCGCCAGCGCCUCGAUGUCAACGCAUCCACUCCGUCCGUGCUCGAAGACGGUGAUGCGGGUAUCGCCGCGCUUGAGCGCACGAAGUCUACCGCUGCUGCCGGUGAUUGGGCCAACAUCCGCUUUGUCUCCAGUGAUGACAUCGCCGACAUCGCUUUGCCUCAAAUUUAA